UCUGUCCCCCUGUCCCCCUGUCCCUCUGUCCCUCUGUCCCCCGGUCCCUCCGCCUCCGGCGCGGCCGCUCCGGGCGCAGCGCUGAGCCCGCCCCGCGUGUCAGGCACGGCAGCAGCGCAGCUCCCCCGGCUCCGGGCAGGAUUCCUGCUGCUGCUGCUGCUGCUGCUGCUUCCAGCGGCUCCGCAUGGGAAAUGAAGGAACCUGGAGCAGCCGCGUGUUGGUGACUCCGGCUGCCCCGGGCUGCCCGGGACCCCGGGCUGGGCAGGUUCCCCGAGCUGGGGCUGCGGCUCUCCGGGGACAUGAAUUCUCCUCCUGUCACUGCCCGGGGCUCUGCAACCACUUCACGGGUCCAGAGAUGACUUUGAGCUGACUCGGCGAGGGACACAACGCCAGCUGGCUAUGGAGGAUGGUUUUUAAGAUGAAUACCCACCUUGAUGAUAAAUCCAACACAUCAAUACCGGGAUAUUUCAAAGGCUCUGCACUAAAUUAUGGCAAUUUUUCUGCAAACAACUCCAACGCGACCGGAAGCAACCUGGAUUCACCUGCCUUGGCCACCAGCAGGGCGAUCAUUGUGGGGCUGAUCCUCGGUGCCUUUAUUCUCUUUGCUAUCAUAGGAAAUAUCCUGGUAAUUCUCUCAGUGGCUUGCAACAGACAUUUAAGAAUCCCUACGAACUAUUUCAUCAUUAACCUGGCCAUAGCAGACCUGCUGCUGAGUUUCACUGUCCUGCCGUUCUCUGCCACGCUGGAGGUGCUUGGCUACUGGGCUUUGGGGAGGAUAUUCUGUGACAUCUGGGCAGCAGUGGAUGUGCUGUGCUGCACAGCCUCGAUUUUGAGUCUGUGUGCGAUUUCCAUAGACAGGUACAUCGGGGUGCGUUACUCCCUGCAGUACCCCACGCUGGUCACGAGGAGAAGGGCGAUUUUGGCUCUCCUGGGUGUCUGGGUCCUGUCCAUGGUGAUUUCCAUCGGGCCUCUGCUGGGCUGGAAGGAGCCGGCCCCGCAGGACGACAGGGAGUGCCGGAUCACCGAGGAGCCCUUCUAUGCUCUCUUCUCCUCCCUGGGCUCCUUUUACAUCCCUCUAAUCGUCAUCCUCGUGAUGUACUGCCGGGUCUACAUCGUGGCCAAAAGGACUACCAGGAACCUGGAAGCUGGGGUGAUGAAAGAAAUGUCCAACUCCAAGGAGCUGACCUUACGGAUUCAUUACAAGCACGAGGACACGCUAAACAACACCAAAUCCAAGGGUCACAAUCCCAGGAACUCCUUAGCUUUCAAACUUUUAAAAUUCUCCAGAGAAAAGAAGGCGGCCAAGACGUUGGGAAUUGUGGUUGGCAUGUUUAUCCUGUGCUGGCUCCCCUUCUUCAUUGUGCUACCACUGGGAUCCCUGUUUUCAGCUCUGAAGCCCCCUGAAACGAUCUUCAAGGUGAUUUUUUGGCUUGGCUACUUCAACAGCUGCUUGAAUCCCAUCAUCUACCCCUGCUCCAGCAAAGAGUUCAAGAGGGCUUUUAUCCAGAUCCUGAGAUGCCAGUGCCACCGGCGCAAGCAGCUGGGCUGGUGGCCCUACAGCUACAGAAACUGGAACCGCUGCUCCUUCGAACACGCCAGGAAAGAUUCCCUGGAAGACAGCGGGAGCUUCCUGAGCGGCAGCCAGAGGACUUUAUCCUCGGCAUCCCCCAGCCCCGGCUACGUGAGCAGGAUCAGCCACCCGCAGCUGGAGCUGUGCACGCUGCAGGAGCAGCGGCAGUGCCGCUUCUUCACCUUCCAGCUGCCGCCCGAGCGCAACGGGCACGGCCCCGCCGCGGGCCGGGGCGCUGCGGAUGCGCCCAGGGGCUCUCCCUGAACGGCAGCGCUGCCUGGAGGGAGAACUCCCCGCUGGAACGAGCGGACCCCCACCGCCCCGUGCCCUCUGCGCGCUGCCCUGCCUCACGCCGGGCCCGGGGGAAGCGAUGGACCCGUGCACGGUUCUCGGGAGAGCUCGGGAAGGGAGCAGGGAGGAACAGGCGGCUUCAUGGCACAGCAGUGCCCAGGAGCAGGGACUGCCCGUAUUCCCAGUUAAUUCCCAGAGAAACUACUGAAGCGUGAGCAGAGGGCAGGGAAGGAACUGCACGCGCCCAGGGAAGGGCACAAGGGAUGGCUCAGCUGUGUGGGAGAGCUGUGGGACAGCCAGACACCUGUAUGGAGAGAGGGGGUAAAUGGGGUGGGGGGUGCCCAGCUGUG